AUGCGGGACCUGUACGACUAUUGGGGCAUCAGUGGAGCGCUGCUUCAGAUGAUGACGCAGGAGCAGGCUGAGAAGCUGCAUGAUCACAUGAAGGACAUGAACCUGAAGCCGGCAUGGGUACUGCGCGAGCGGCAGCGCGCACAGGCGCGCGCGCGCAAGAGCGAGCCUGCGGUGCAACAGCGCAUGGAGAGCGCGAAGGAGGAGCACUUGUGGUGGAUCAGUCAGCUGGUAGAAGCCACGUGGACAAGAGGUGUCGGCUUCGAUGACGGCGUUUCGGACAGUGGCAAACGGCAGAAGACGACGGCCUGA